AUGUCCAAUGGUACAGCAGGGUACCUGAGGAAGCGGCCUGUGAUUGAAUUUCUUCUCACAUAUUCAGUUUGUCAAACUCAACUUUCCCGAUAUUCGUGUGAAAUUCAGGAUUUGCCAUGUGGCUGGGGGGAUUGUUUUGUGAGAUGUUGUGGAGCCUUGAAUGGCAUCCCAGCUCGGAUCUUUUGCAUUCUGCUUCUACUCGCCCAAGGAGGGAUUCUGGAUUAUUUCCUGGCCAAACAUCAGACCCAAGCCAGCUGGGCAUGGAUUGCGUUCGACCUUGUCAACGUCGGUCUCUUCAUCGCCUCCUUCGUCAUAUCACGACGACACCUUGCACUGCAGAAAGUCAAAGACGAGCAAAAUACAGCGGUCACACUGGGUUGGUUGGCAUGGCUUGUGUACUCGGUAAGCCUAGUAGCAAGGAUGGCCAUAGCUUUCAACAAAUUCUCGUUUAAGUUAAGCGAGGACUCAUUCUUCGGUCCCAAUACAUUAAAGACGUCGCUAGCCUUGGCGUCGUGUGUAUUCGUCUUGCUGUUGACGUCUCACCAUGACGCUGCUCCUGCUAGUGAACGCAGGCGAUACAUUGAAGACCUUACUGGAACCGUUGUCUUCGACGUGUUGGACACCGUGGAUGUCUUAGAGGUGAUGUUCGACAAGUCAUCAAGGGACAUGCUCCUCCCAGGACUUCAGCAAAGUAUUUUACUGGUGGCAGGUCUCAAUCUCAUUAUUCCAACAGUGCCCCUUAUCACACUCAACCUAACCAACUUUGGAUACAAGAAGAUGCCGAAACGUCUUGUGGCGCUACACAAGUUACUUGUGGUGCUGGUGGUGAAUGUUCCCAAUCUGAUUGUUCGGUUAGUUCUCUGGCAUGGCUUCAGUGUGGGAAUCUCUCCCUUUAUGCUCAAAAACCUCAUCCUCAUAUCCAUCGUCCUGUACGAGUUUUACGAGCACAAGAGGGUGAAAUAUGACGAACACGCUGGAGCGAUUGAAGUAAGAAAGAAAGGUUCACGGGGCACUGCCAGUCCUGCUGCUGUAAAUGGACAAAGUGGCUUAACAACCUUCUCGAUGCAAGAACGUAUUUAAAUCUAAUAUGGCAUAAAACAUUACUAUUUGAAAUCGCAGUGAAGCAUCCGAUUUCACACCAGUGCCGCAAUGGCUGUCCU